CUUAAACGACUUCGCUUUACGUCUGAGAAGACUUCAGACGGGAUGACUCAUACAGUGUCUACGACUUCAGCGAUGCUUUUACAAAAGGUCGACUACAAUUUUCGGACACGCUCAACACCGCAGAGUAAUUGAAGUCAAGAAUCACAGAGCGACCCGUCGUGAAGAAUUGUACUGGGAUACUGGUCGCCGGGCAGCAGUUUACUUCAACAUGGAUCAAAGUAUCAGCAUAACGGAUGUGAUCACCGCCCUUCAGCAGAUUGUCUCGGAUCCCAAUUUGCCCACAUCCCAAGUUCAAUCGAGAGACGCCUCUAGUGCUACACCUGGUCUAAUCCUCCCCAGAGACACCCCCGGCCUCGACCAGAUACAGGCGCAGUCGAAUAUCUCGAAGCCCCUCGCUGCUUUCGCCAAGUCGAAUCCUGGUCCCGGGAGUCUCCAGUCUCUAGCAGGGCAUCUGACAAGAACCAUCCUGCCCAAUUUGAACCUCGCAUCCCUCUCUCCCAACUACUAUGGUUUCGUCAUCGGCGGUGCCACUCCCGCCGCUCUGCUGGGCGACUUCCUCGCCUCGAUCUACGACCAGAAUGUGCACGUCCACCUGCCGGCCGAGACGAUCAGUACGACCGUCGAGGCCGCCACGCUCAAUUUGUUGGUGCAGCUCUUCCGCCUGCCUCGAGAGGACUGGGCGUUGGCCCAUCCUGGCCGCGGCAACGGAGGAGGCAUAUUCACGACCGGGGCCACGGCGAGCAACACUCUCGGUUUGGCUCUGGGCAGAGAAUACGUCGUCCGCAAAGCUCUCAUGAAGAGCGCAGGCGCAGGUACCAUCGAGUCCGCCGAUCAAAGUGUUGGCGAAUGCGGUCUUGCGGAACUCCUCAUCAAGGCGGGAAGGACCAAGAUCCAGGUCCUCAGCACGCUCCCGCACAGCAGCAUCGCCAAAGCCGCGAGCGUGGUCGGGAUAGGGCGACGGAACGUCGUUUCCGUGGCUGUUGAGGACGAUCCUCUACGCAUCGACAUGGACCGUCUGAGGCACGAGGCGAGCCGGCCGGAAGUCCUCAACAUCCUCGCCAUCUCCGCGGGCGAGGUCAACACGGGUCGAUUCGCCACGGACUCUGGCUCGACGAUGCGCGAGCUACGCGACAUCUGCGACGAAUACGGGGUUUGGAUGCACGUGGACGGGGCUUUUGGGCUCUUUGGCCGGGUCCUGCUGCAAUCCGCCCGCGACGACGCCGAAACCUACAAUGAAAUAAUCCGGGGAGUCGAGGGUCUCGAACUGGCCGACUCGAUCACGGGCGAUUGCCACAAGUUGCUCAACGUGCCUUACGACUGCGGCGUGUUUUUCACCAGACAUAAACGUCUGAGCGAGGACGUCUUCGGUAACCCGGGCGCCGCCUACCUGAAAGCCGGCUCCGGUGACGGCGUGCAGAGUCCUCUCAACAUCGGCCUGGAGAACUCGAGAGGUUUCAGGGCCCUGCCUGUAUAUUGUACCCUGCUGAACUACGGACGGGAAGGUUACGUGGACAUGCUCAAACGACAGAUCGACCUCGCGAGGAGGGUGGUCCGGUGGUUGGCGAACGACUCACGGUUCGAGGUUUUGGGUCCGAGGAAACCUCACGGUGAGACUGAAACCUCUCUGACCGUGGACGAAAUGGUCGCGAAGACGUUCAUGAUCGUCUUGUUCAGACCGAGAGACGACGAAGUCAACAAAAACUUUGUCAAGGACGUCAACGCCACGGGGAAGAUUUACAUCAGUGGCACGGCCUGGGAGGGCAAACCCGCAGCGAGGAUAGCCGUCAGUAAUUGGCAAGCCGACGUGCAGAGGGACGGCGACUUGAUCGAGGCUGUCUUGGAUCAAGUUGCGGGAAAAGUUUCGUAGGGAGGAUGUUCCCGGCUGCAAAAAAAGAGACGAAAAUAUAUCGACCCUGAUUACAACAACGGCCGACGAGUUUAGACACGGUGAUGGAAAGAUGUGGCGUGUCAUAAACAUGUAGAUAGUGUGAUUGUAAGGGA